UUUUUCAUUCUUUGCUCUGUUUUUGCUUCCUUUUCAUCCAUCCCUCUCUCUCUCUCUCUGCUCUAAUGCUCUUCUUCACUUCCAUCAGGGAUUAACUCACCAUCUGUUGCUGUACGGCUGUACCCAUCAUACAAGUAUGGUACUUUCUGAAUCAGAUAACAUUGCUCAUGGCAGUAAUGGUAACAAAUCAAAUUCCUCACAUCCUCCUCAACUACAAGAUCAAGACUCAAUGAAGGAAACUUCAUCACUUUCUUCUCCAUUAGCAGCAGCAGGACAGAAUAAUUCUCUCCUGUCACUUACUCUCAAUGAAAUUCAACACAAGAGUGGCAAGAGUUUUGGCUCCAUGAACAUGGAUGAAUUUCUUGCUAACUUAUGGAGUGUUGAUGAAAAUCAAGAUUCUUCACAACCCAAUCAACACCAACCCACAAAAGAUGUUUCUAAUGCCACACUAAACCAGCCAAGCUCAUUGGCUCGACAAGGCUCUUUCUCUAUUCCUGCUCCUCUCUGCAAGAAAACUGUGGAUGAAGUCUGGUUUGAGAUCCAAAAAGAUCGUCCCCACAACCAAAACCCCACCAACAUUGGUCCCCAUGAACCUCCUCAACGACAACAAACACUUGGAGAGAUGACCCUUGAAGAUUUCUUGGUAAAAGCUGGGAUUGUUCAAGAAGCACCACUAGGGUCGAGACCCACAUCCCAGCAAAAGAUGGUAACAACACCCAGUGUUCAAACCAUAAGCUCAUGUUUGGAUGCAACAUUUGGAAUGGGGCAAGUGAUAGGAAUUGGAUUUUCUGCACAACAAGCUAUUGGAAACAAUUUCUCUGCUGCUAAUGGUUUCACACCAUACCAGAUGUUUCCACAAGCCAAAGGGUAUAGCAUUGCAGAAGCUCCGAAUAAUGCUAAAAAUGAUCAAGCUCAUCUCGACUUAAAUGCCCAACAAAACAAGAAGAGGAUAAUUGAUGGUCCGCCGGAGGUGGUCGUGGAGCGGAGGCAGCGCAGGAUGAUAAAGAAUAGAGAGUCUGCAGCACGAUCUCGGGCUAGGAAGCAGGCAUAUACAGUGGAGUUGGAACUAGAGUUGAAUCAACUCAAAGAAGAGAAUGCUAAGCUAAAGCAACUGGUGGAGGAAAUCGAGCAGAAUCGAAAGGAAGAGGUUAUGAGAAGGAAACCAACAAUGCAGCCACAAAAGAAGAGUGAGAAGUUGAAGAGCAUAAGGAGGACGGUUAGCCUUCCAUGGUGAAUGAGGAGAAAUGGUGACAAAAGGAAGCUGCUUGGCAUGUGAAUAUUUACAUUGUGAUACUUUUACAUAUUAUAAGUAAGCAUACAAUAAGUUAAUUAAUUAUUAGUAUAUGUAAAAUUUUGUUUUAAUUUUAGGAAAAUAAUGUACUGUCAUUGGGUGUUUUUAUUAUUAUGGA